CUUCCUUUAGUGAUGUCGUAAGUAAACUUCUGGGCCGUUCUAAAACCCCCUUCAUCGUCGUCAAUAUUUCGGCGUCUUUGUUUCGCCGUAAUUUACCACCGUCUCAUCUCACCGUCACCGUAUUCUUCUUCCAUUGCCAGGAUCUUCUUUAGAUUCUGAAAUGGCUUUCAGGCGAACCUUAUCUAUAAGGUCCACACUUUUCGCUCGUCGGAAUCAACCAGUUUAUCAUAUUAUCCCUCGUCCAAAUGAUCAUGAAAGGGAAUCAUUUUGUCAAGAAACAUCUCAAAGAAGUUACCAUAGCUUUCUUCACCAAAGCUCCAUUAACAACUCCGAUUUCUCCAAAAUUUUGGGAGGAGGCUUACAUAUGCCUCUGGCUCCUGCUUCUGGUUUUGCUUUCUAUCGUUAUAUGUCAAGUGCACCUGGUGUCGGUUCGGAAAAUAUUGGUGUGAUGACUGAUAUCGCAGAAGUCAUAAGCGAAUCAACAUUGCAAGAUGCGCCAGCUCAGGCUGCCGCUGCAGUCAGUGAAGUUACAAUUGCAGCUGCUGACUCUUUCCCCCCUAUUGCUGCCCUUCAACAUUGCAUUGAUAUGGUGCAUUCAUUCACAGGCUUUGGGUGGUGGGCAUCCAUUGUGGUAGCAACCAUAUUAAUCCGUUCAGCAACAGUUCCUCUCUUGAUCAAACAAAUGAAAGACACGACAAAGUUAGCGCUGAUGAAGCCACGGUUGGAGUCCAUCCGGGAGGAAAUGCAAAACAAGGGCAUGGACGCCGUUACGAUGGCAGAAGGUCAAAAAAAGAUGAAGAAUUUGUUCAAAGAAUAUGGUGUCACUCCGUUCACUCCAAUGAAAGGGAUGCUUAUUCAGGGACCUCUAUUCAUCAGCUUUUUUCUUGCUAUUCGAAAUAUGGCAGAGAAAGUACCUUCAUUCCAAACAGGAGGGGCAUUAUGGUUUACAGAUCUAACAACUCCCGACAGCUUAUACAUUUUGCCGGUUAUAACAGGAUUGACAUUCUUGAUAACCGUUGAGUGUAAUGCACAAGAAGGCAUGGAAGGGAAUCCGAUGGCUGGCACAAUAAAAAAUGUUUUCCGGGGGUUUGCUCUCCUCACGGUGCCCAUGACAAUGAGUUUUCCUCAGGCUAUAUUUUGCUACUGGAUUACAUCCAACAUGUUCUCCCUUAUGUAUGGACUUGUGAUUAAGCGUCCUCAAGUGAAGAAGAUGUUACGAAUCCCUGAGCUGCCUCCACCUACUCCAGGUCAACAACCUUCAUUUGACCUGUUUUCAGCUCUCAAGAAAAUGAAAGCCAUGACACAGGACCAUUCACAGAACCAGACACUACCACCUUCGCCAGUAAACCCGAGGGCCACUUCAACAUCGUUGAGUCCUGUUAGUAAGAGGCUCAAGGCUUUGGAGAGCCAAGUCAAGGGAAGGAAGAAGAACAGCAGCAAGAAGAGGUGAUCCAAAAUGGUGCAUACUAUUUUUGUUAGACGGCCAUAAUAAAGCUUUUGAGUCAAAAGUGAACUAGUUACUACACAGAUUUUUCUCAUCAUUGAUGAAAACUACUCUGAGAUCUAAAAAGCUGGAGGCAGCUUCUAGUGAAAUUAUAUGUUUUUCUUCGAUUUUUUCUAUGGAACGAUAUUGUAAGUUUGUUUUGACCAGAUAGAGAAUAGAAUAUUGUUUUUAUAGAAA